UUUCAGUCAGGAUGAGUUACUGAAAAUAUGGAAGGGCAUUUUCUACUGCAUGUGGAUGCAAGACAAACCUCUCUUGCAGGAAGAAUUGGCAAACACCAUUUCCCAAUUGAUACACGCCUUCAGAAAUCUGGAUGCCAAGUUUCUGUUCAUGGAGACAUUCUUUCAGACAAUGAAUCGUGAGUGGAAUGGAAUUGAUCGUCUUCGCCUGGAUAAAUUCUACCUGCUUAUUCGCUUGAUGCUGAGGCAAUUUCUGGAGGAAUUGAAGAUCAUGAACUGGGAUGACAGUGUUGUCAACCGAUUUUUAAGCUGUGUGACGACUGAGGUGCUGAAACCUACCAGUAACACUGAGGCCAGUGGAAUUCGCUUUCAUUUUGUGGAUAUCUACCUGCAGGAACUGGCCAAAGUUGGUGCACACCAGCUGACUGCAGACCAGAACCUGAACUUUAUUGAUCCUUUUUGCCGAAUUGCUGCCAAAACCAAAGAUCGAGUUUUGUUUCACGUGGUUUCCCAAGGAAUCUUCGAAAUGAUUGUGGACCAUGCACCUUUUGCUAUCGAUGAUUUGAUGGAAGAGCUUCAGGGCAAUGAGAAUGAGGAGCUAAAUUCCAGCGAUGUAGAGGGAGAUCCAACACAGAAGAUUAACGGUUCCACAUCUGAGAACACUGAGGGACUGCUGCUGGAUGGACAGGGAGAGAAGGCGAAUCCAUCUCAACAUGACGAUGACAUUGGACCUGUGCUUCAGUUCAAUUAUGAAGCUCUCGCUGAUCGACUUUUCCAGCUCUCCAGCAGGGGAAGCACUCCUGCCCAAAACAGGAAGCGUCUCUAUAAAUUAGUGAAAAAGUUCCGGGAUUUAGCAGAAGGAAUAUUUCCACAAGAUGACUUCCCUGAAGAUUUAUCAACAGAUGAGGAAGACGAAGAUUCCUGGAGAAGGAAGAAAAAGAGGAAACACCGCAUGGAAAGGUUGGAGGAGAAACUGGGAGGAGUGGAUAAAAAGAAAUCAGUAAAAGGACAAAAGAGAAAGAAAAAGUCUUCCAAUCAGAAACUCCUUUCUAUUGGCGAAAGGACUGACGAGCCAGUUGUGGAAGAUAGGAGUGAGGGGUCUAAUCCUACAGAGCAAAAGCCUGCACAGAAAAGGAAGAAAAGAUCAAGAACCACCAAAAUGAAGCAGAGGUGGUUGAGUGAUGCAGGCAGUGGCGAUGUGUUAGAGGGCAAAGGUCAGGCACAGGAAAAUGGCUGCAGUGACCAGUUGAAUCUAGCUGUGCUGGAUAUGCCGUCUCUGACAUCUGAUGUCGACUCUGUGACACCCACAGCCAAACUGAAGAGGAGGAGGAAGAUUCACAGUGACUCCAAUGGGAGCAGCUUAGUUGAAGACUCAGCACCCACAGAACCUGUUGUUGGGAAGAAAGUCAAAAAGUUGCUCGUGAAGCUGAAAAGACUGCAAACUAAGAAGCAGGCAGCAGGGGGCGACCAAUUAUCAACAAGCCAAGCAACAGGCAGGAGAAAGAGGAAGGGGAAAGAGCUGCCCGAAGGAACCAGUGAUAGCAAAAAGCUAAAAGUCAAAAACUCUGGUGAUGCCGGACCUUGUGAAAACAAGACUUCAGCCACAACAGCACCUGAAGAAUUUGUGAAGUUUGAGAGCACUCCAAUUCCAAAACCCAUCUUCUUCAAGAAAGCCAAAAGUGCUGAGCCUGUUUCCAAACAACAGUGUAAUAUGGUGAGAAUGAACUUGUGGAGUAGACCAGAGAAUGAUGACUUGGGGCUGUAUAGGAUCACUCUUUGCAAUGUGUGUAGUUCUUGAUGGGAGUGAUGGCCC